CCUGAAUACUUAUACAAUAUGUAGAUUCCAAUUGAUUCGCUUCUGAUCAGUUCAUAAACCUUCCAUAUUCCAAAACUUUUAAGCCCUGCGAGUUCACAUGAUCAAGAAAAUGGCGCUCUACAGAGCUCGCGCAGCUUCGCCUUCCCUCUUCCGUUCCUUACUUCACACUCCUUCGCGUUUUCUCUCUUCUGGUGGUAUUGAGAAGGUGGAGCCUAAAUCAGUGCCAUCAUGGAAGUCGAUGAUGAGCCAGAUGUUCACGCUGGACAUAAGCUCUCAAAUUGGGAGCUGUAUGCCUCUCUCUAACAUGCGAAUCGGGAUGCAGAUACACAAUAUCGAGAUUCGACCAGGGCAGGGUGGGAAACUGGUCCGCGCCGCAGGGACCUCGGCGAAGAUACUUACUGAGCCGAAUAGGUCAACCAGGUACUGCGAGAUAAAACUGCCAUCUGGGACCAAGAAAUUGAUAGACAAGAAAUGUAGGGCGACAAUUGGGGUGGUAUCAAAUCCAGAGCAUGGAUCAAAGAAGCUGAGAAAGGCUGGGCAAAGCCGAUGGCUGGGACAGAGGCCAGUGGUUAGAGGUGUGGCAACGAACCCAGUUGAUCAUCCCCAUGGUGGCGGGGAAGGAAGGAGUAAGAGUAGUGGGAGUCAUGGCCGAGUCUCACUUACGCCUUGGGGGAAACCUACUAAGUGUGGAUACAAAACGGCCCGUCUUAAAAAAAGGAAUUAUUAGAGUAAUCAUCCGAAGAGAAGGGGUUAUGUACCAUCUUGCCCAAGUAUGUUUUGUUGACUUCUAGUUUAUGUGCUUCCUUUAUUUUAAGAGAAGCAAAUGGAAGAAAAAUAAUAUACUUGUUGCCGAGGCUCUGUAUAUUGCUUUGAAAAUAACUAGUUAUUUAGAUAACUAAUACAGGUAGUUUCUUCAAAAGAAAUUGGCGUUCUAAUUAGGAUUCGAUUUGGUUUGUCUAGGGUAUAAGGAAAUUGCUUAGAGGGUCAAUUAAAAAGGCCACUUGUGGG